AAGUUAGUAUUAUGUGCCUUUAUAAUGCUCAGAGUGUCAAAAGUUUGCACUAUUGUAUUCCCUCCUCUUCUUUCUCUUCUUGAAUGGUUUGUGGUUUAAUAUUUGAAUUAUUUUUUCUGCUACUUUUUAGGACCACUUCUCAAUAUAAUAUGGAUUUUUUUAUUUUUAUUUUUUUAUUUACUAUGGAAUUUGGUCAUGAUGAUACUAAUGCUGAUUAAUGCUAAUAUUUCUCGCCAUUCCACAUAUUUGAUGGAACAUAAGUAGUUGUAGCGAGGAUUCGAACCAUCAUCGAGAUCGAAUAAUAACUUGUAGCUGAGCAGUUCAAAGAAGCCCAAAUAAAAACUCAGAAGAAAUGCAGAGAAUUUUUAUGGCACGAUACAAGCCAUUGAAUAUUCUUCGAUCCACUUAAUAUCUCUGGUCCGCCACCGACUCACAAAUAGAGCAGAGAAGCUGCGGGAAGAAAUCGAAGGUACACAUGGACAUCUCGAGCUUUUAUUUUGUUUGAUUGUUGAUUUGUUUAUUUGCCUUCCCAACUCUGAUUCUUCUUGUUGUGAAUUGGUUCGUCAAGUGGCUAGUGGGAUUUCCUCUCUCAAACUGACUAGAGCUUUGGUUGAUCGCUUGGGAUGGUUUGGCUCUUAUGAUCGCUUCAAUCCAUCGCGUUCGUGGAUUCUGUGUUUCUUGUGGGUUUAGUUCUUCGAUCUCGUUCGGCAGACGCGCUGGAUCUGCAUCCGUUUAACAUAGUUCUUAGCAACCCGACUAGCCAAUAGUGCUGAUCGAGUGAAUCGAACUGUGCUGAUAAGGAGGGAAGUUUAUUGUGAUCUCAAGUCAGGAUGAUAGGUUUAGAUGUUAGCUGUUGAUCUCAUCAGUUGCGCUUGCUUGAUUCUACUGUUUGGUAGUAUUGCUUUUCCUCUGAUAUCUGCUGUCCAUUUUACUUGCCCUGAUCAUCUUAUGCUGAUUGUGCUGGAAAAAGAUAUUUCACAGGAAUUAGAAUCUUGGUUUCUCUGAUAGACAUCACGAGUGAUUCAACAGCAAUGACCAUCGAGUUCCUUCGUGCUCGAUUGUUUUCUGAGAGGACUGUUUCUAAAGCUGCAAAUGGAAGAGCUAAUCAACCGGCCAAAAGGGUUAGUCGUAAUUUCUGUUAUAUUUUCUCGCGGUUGAUUUGUUUUUUGUGUUUGGUAAUGUUUUCUGUUCAGGUGAUGGAGCUCAAAUCAGGUAUGUCUUCCUUGUACCAGAGAUUCAAUUCUGGCUACCAAGUCAUAGUGCUUUCAAAUAUUCCUUAAAAACCAUAGUCAUAUAUCCGUGGUGUGAAUUAGGAAAUUUGAUGGAACUCAUAGAAGUAUAUUAAUUAGCACUCGUUACAUAUUUGCUGUUGCUUUUUCUAGUCCAUUUUGCACCUGCAGAUUGAUAUGUUCUUGCAAUAAUAUACCAGAAAAUGUGAAUUAACUCUUUGAAACAUGCUUCCUUGUGAUUCAUAAGGCAUGUUUUAGAUUUAGAAGCCUGAUCUCGUCCACAUGCACUGGAUUUUUGCAUAGAAAUUGGUCUUUCUAACGACAUUUUCUUUAUUCUCUUGUACCAAAUCAGUUAAAGCCCACUUUUACUAGUGCUUUCUCCAUCCAAUUUAACUCUGAUGGUGGCUCUAGUAACCAUGGAUGUUUAUGUGCACAUAUCCUUGUGAAUUCACUAAUAAUUGGAAGCACUUCUGCUAGUUCUGAAAGAUUUUUAAAUGGGAAUUAACAGGCACUUAAGAUCACAUUCAAUGUUAAACUAUCUCAUUAACAGGCAUUUUGGGCGCUCUGCAGCAUGCCAAGACAUCCUUGAAACAAGAACUCAAGGCAUAUGAGUUCAUGUGAUACUUAAUAGCCAAAUGCAAUUUUCAACUAGUCAUAAAUGAAACUUUUCAUUUACAGAGACAGUACUUUUUUUAAUGGAAGAAAUCAUUAAGUAUUUCAUGUGAAACGAGAGUGUUUCACACCUAUGUAUACAUAUAUAUACAAUGUUGGUAGACAUGAAACAUGUUUUAGUGUAUCGUUUGGAUAGUUGGUAAACAAGACAACAAAUAUCAUUUACACUUUUGCUCAUACAUUUUGGUAUCAGUUGAGCAGAAUUUAGUUCUUUCUGACAUAGGGAAUGCCUCAAUUUUGAAGGAAUCUGAAGUCUGCAUUGAACAGGGGCAUGCGUGUCUUGCUGAUGUGAUGGUGCUUUUGGAUGAGCCGAUACAUUCUUCGUGCAGAUUUGCUUUCAAACAAGGACGACUUGGUCGUCCAAGAACCCACCGGGUUCUUGGGCCCCGCCCCUCCAUCCUCUGACGCGAGGGACGACCGGUUGAGCUUCGUGACCGCCAGGACCAGCGACGCCACCGCCGGGAGCGUCGGGGCCUGCUCCAAGAUCAGUGACGUGGGUGGGUUCUUGGGCGCCGCCCCCCCGUCCUCCUCUGACGCGAGGGACGACCGGUUGAGCUUCGUGACCGCCAGGACCAGUGACGCCACCGCCGCGAGCGUCGGGGCCUGCUCCAAGAUCAGUGACGUCGCCGGCGACGGCAGCCGGAGGAGCCGCGGCUCGAGCAGCGACGGCAAUGCGGAUGAUGAGUGCAGCAGCAGUAGCAGCAGCAGCAACUGUAGCGCAUGGAGCAGCUCCUGGAGGAGCAGCAGCGGGUCCGGUGGCGGCCGCGGGAACAAGCCGCACCAGGCGAACGAUGGGCGGUGGGACGCUAUUCGCGCCGUCAGAGAGCGUGAUGGAUAUCUCGGAAUGAACCACUUCAGGUUCUUGGAUAGGCUCGGCAAUGGCGACGUCGGUUGCGUGUACCUCGCGAAGCUGACCGGGACGAGGUUCCUGUUCGCCAUGAAGGUGAUGGACAAGGCAGUGCUUGCGUGGCGGAAAAAGCUGAGCAGAUCGCAGACGGAGAGGGAGAUUCUGCAAUGCCUCGACCACCCAUUCUUGCCGACCCUAUACGCCCACUUCGAGACCAAUAACUUUUCUUGCUUGGUGAUGGAAUUCUGCCCUGGCGGCGACCUCCACAGUCUCCAGCAGCGGCAGCCUGGGAAGUGCUUCACUGAGGAAGCAGCAAGGUUUUACGUGGCUGAAGUUCUCCUUGCUUUGGAGUACCUACACAUGCUUGGGAUAAUAUAUAGAGACCUGAAGCCAGAGAACGUGUUGGUAAGAGAGGAUGGUCACAUAAUGCUCUCUGAUUUCGAUCUCUCUUUAAGGUGUGCCGUCUUCCCCACUCUGGUGAAAUCGACAAAAACUGAUUUGUGUUCCUCGAAGAGUUCUGGAAAAUAUGCUCAACCCUCUUGCGUUGAGCCCACCUGCAUGCAGCACUCAUGCCUGCAGCCCACUUGCUUCUCACCACGUUUCAUAGGACUUGGGAGGCCCAAGGCAAAGAAAGCAAUUCCAAGUGAAGUCGGUGACAGCGGUUCUGUACUCCCUGAGCUCAUUGCGGAGCCAUCUAAUGCCCAUUCGAAGUCCUUUGUUGGAACUCAUGAAUAUUUGGCACCAGAGAUCAUAAAAGGUGAAGGCCACGGAAGUGCCGUGGAUUGGUGGACAUUAGGGAUAUUUUUUUAUGAGCUUUUGUUUGGGAAGACACCAUUCAAAGGGUCUGGAAACCGUGCUACCUUGUUCAAUGUGGUGGCGGAGCCCCUAAAGUUUCCCGAGUCGCCCCCAGUCAGCUUUGCAGCGAGAGACCUGAUCAAAGGCUUGCUUGUGAAAGAACCCCAGCAACGAUUUGCAUGUAGGCGUGGUGCCGCUGAGGUAAAGCAGCAUCCUUUUUUCCACAGCCUUAAUUGGGCACUUAUUAGGUGCACUAGCCCACCCGAGGUGCCAAGGAUAAUCAAGCAUGAGAACUGGACUGAUGGUGAGUUUCCGGUCAUACUCAAUGGGAAUAUGGCAGGAGUCAAUUUGAAACCAUGUGGGCAAUAUCUAGACAUGGAUUUCUUCUAACUUUGGCAGAUCUGUUCUGUCGUCAGUGCACUUUGGCACAAUAUCAAUCUCAACUCGCUGCGUCGUUUGGUCCUAAAGAGAAGUUUUAAGUUUUACAGUGAGGAAUGCAAUACAGUUGUUGUGGUUGCUCUCUUUAGGCAGCGGAUCUCAGUAUGAUGGAAGAUAUGCAAAUCCUGGUUACUCUUUUGUUACCGAGUGCUCCUUGUAAUGACGAAGGCCGUUGUUGUGGUUGCUCUCUUUAGGCUGCGGAUCUCAGUAUGAUGGAAGACAUGCAAAUCCUGGUUACUCUUUUGUUACCGAGUGCUCCUCGUAAUGACGAAGGCCGUUGUUGUGGUUGCUCUCUUUAGGCAGCGGAUCUCAGUAUGAUGGAAGAUAUGCAAAUCCUGGUUAUUCUUUUGUUACCGAGUGCUCCUCGUAAUGACGAAGGCCGUUGUUGUGGUUGCUCUCUUUAGGCGGCGGAUCUUAGUAUGAUGGAAGAUAUGCAAAUCCUGGUUACUCUUUUGUUACCGAGUGCUCCUCGUAAUGACGAAGGCCGAGAAGGGUGAUCCAGGCUUAGUUUUGUAUGCUGAGGCAACAUAGUUGGAAAAGGAAUUGCGGCUCCUCGGAUAAUUGGAGUGGUCACAAGUUUCAACAGAAGUUUGCAGGUUUCUUUUGCUGUUUUACUGUUAACUUCCUCAGUGGUUUUUGAUGCCCAUCAUGAGACUGAUGGAAUAUAAGGUGGAGAGCGGCAGAUUAAAAAGAAUGUGGUCUGUCAUCUAAAUUUGGAGGCAAAAAUGGUUGGCAGCUGACAUGAUUAUUUCACUGGUAAAGAAUGCCAGGUUUCAUGGCCAAUAUGUGUGCUUUGGCACAUAAACACAAUUCUCCCUGUCUCAUACUACAUAGGCUAGAUUGAGCAUCAAGGAAGAAUUUAAUAUUGUAAGCAAGGAGUUUACAGGAUUUUCUUUUCUUUUAUUUUCUCUGUUUAAAAUGUUACUCCUAUUCAAUGAUUUUUAUAUUACAUGGGUACGACAGGACUUGCAGUUCAAAUAUGAUCUUAUCUGGG